AUGGCUCCCUCCACGUCCGCGCCGGCCGCGCAAACGCAGCUCCUUUCUCCGACGACAUGUCCACCAUCCUCCACCACAUCUGCAUCCACGAGAACACAAUCAAGUCCGCAGUCGCGCCAAUGGAAUACCAAAAACCUGGGCAUGCGUCUCGGCGCCGACGCCGUGAGCGCUUCGUGCGCCGCGGGCCUAAUAUCCCCUCUCAUUGCCUUUAUUGACAAAUCCAUCAUGGAAAACGCCUCCGGCUCCAGCCCCUCCAUCCUCGCCUCCCUCCGCACCUCCUUCACCGCGCUGCUGCGACACCCCCUCCGCACGCUCGCCUCCAAGCCCGUCGGGCUCGUCUUCCUCCUCUACGGCGGCACCUACCUGACCGCCAACGCGCUCGACACGGCCUCGUCGACGCUCGCGCCCGCCCCCGCGCGCACCACCACCUCGGGCCCCUCCAAGUUCGUCGCCUCCUCCCUCGCCAACGUCUCCCUCUGCGUCUACAAGGACCAGGCCUUUGUCAAGCUCUUCCGCGCCCCCGGCGCCGCUGCCGCCCCGCGGCCCGUGCCGCUCCCCUGCUUCGCCAUCUUCGCCCUCCGCGACUGCCUCACCAUCUUUGCCUCGUUCAACAUGCCCGCCCGCAUGGCGCCAUACCUCGACGCGUACACGGCGCGCACCCUGCACGUGUCGGGGCUCACGAGCGCCCAGUUUCUCGCCCCCGCCGCCGUGCAGCUGCUUUCGACCCCGCUGCACCUGCUCGGCCUCGACUGGUAUAAUCGCCCGUCGGCCGCUGCGCAAAAGGUGUCGUGGGCCGAGCGCUGGCGCGCGGUCAGCCGCGGGUGGCUCCCUUCGUGUACGGCGCGCAUCGGCCGCAUUGUCCCGGCGUUUGGCGUCGGCGGCGUCGUCAACUACAAGGUCCGGCAGGGUUUCAUGACAAGAUUAGAGUGA